AUGGCUAACAGCGCGCUUGCCGGGUUCCUCAUUCUCCUCCUCUUUUUCAUGUGUGCAAUGUCGUUGGGCAAGGCGGAAGAAGAAGAUAUAAGGAAGCCCUAUAUUAUUCAUAUGAUCAAAUCCAUGAAACCCCAACAUUUCUAUCUACACCAACACUGGUACGCUUCAAUGCUCAGCCAGGUCUCAGAAUCAAAUGCGAAUGAGUUGCUAUACACAUAUGAUACUCUCUUGCACGGCUUUGCUGCGAGGCUAAGCGAAGCAGAGGCUGACGCCAUGGAGAGUAUGGAGGGGUGCUUGGCCGUGGUCCCUUCCUCCCUCAAUAAAGUUGCCACUACACACACGCCAGAGUUUCUGGGUCUCUCAUCCUCCUCCUCUUCUUCUCCUGGAUUAUGGUCUCAAUACUCCACUGGUGGCGAAGAUAUCAUCGUGGGCGUGAUUGACACAGGCAUAUGGCCUGAAAGCAAAAGCUUCAAUGAUGCAGGGCUUGGACCUGUUCCCUCGAGAUGGAAAGGCACAUGUGAAAGCGGGCAGGCCUUCAAUUCGUCACAUUGCAAUAGAAAAAUCAUUGGAGCUCGAUACUUCUACAAAGGCUUCCAAAAUAAUGUUUCUAAAAUCAAUGAAACGUUGGAAUACAUGUCUCCCAGAGACGCCCACGGCCACGGCACUCAUACAGCCUCAACUGCCGCAGGAGCUGCGGUAACGGGUGCCAGUUUACUCGGUUUCGCCAGUGGAACGGCCAGAGGAAUGGCUCCUCAUGCCAGGCUGGCCAUCUACAAAGCAUGUUGGGCGCCUGAAGGCAGAUGCGACGACAGCGACGUGGCUGCUGCCAUGGAACACGCCAUUGCUGAUGGCGUCGACAUCCUUUCUAUCUCAAUUAGCUCAGAAGACGUGCCAUUCCACAUGAAUAUCAGAGCCAUUGCAGCGUUUGGAGCGACAGAAAAGGGAGUAUUUGUUUCUGCCGGGGCAGGCAAUCGAGGACCACUUUCGUCUACUCUGAGCAACACAGAGCCAUGGAUUACAACCGUGGGUGCGAGCAGCAUCGACAGAGAUUUCCCUGCUUCUCUGGUGUUGGGCAACCAGGAGAUAUACAGAGGCACCUCCGCCUUCAAAGGAGGAGAUGGAAAAUUGCAAGGGCCAUUCCCUCUCGUCUAUGUCUCCGCCAGCAACAGCUCAAAGCGUUGUCUUGAUGGCAGUCUCGACCCCAAUCUGGUGAAGGAUAAGAUAGUGCUGUGUGAUCAGUUGAUCGAUCCAGAUGACUCUAGCGCACCGGAGAAGGCCAAUGAAGUAGCUAGAGCAGGCGGUGCAGGAAUGAUUGUGGCCAAUGAAGAGCUCCUUGGAGCACAGCAGCAGUUUUCCUACACUUUUAAAUUUCCCGCUAUCAGCUUAAGUUUCAAAGCUGGGGAAAAAAUAAAAUCCUACAUCAACAGCACAUCGAAUACUAGUACUGCCACGGCCGCCAUGCGUCUCACUGGAUUGACUAUUGUGGGAAACGCAACGGCCGCUCCCAUAGUGGCUGCUUUUUCAUCGAGGGGGCCGAGCGAAGCAUAUCCUUCUGUUCUCAAGCCUGAUAUGAUUGCUCCUGGUGUCAACAUAUUGGCAGCAUACGCUGGAAGUGUGGACUACAUUUUAGAUUCGGGGACCUCAAUGGCGUGUCCUCAUGUCAGCGGCAUUGCAGCGCUCAUAAAAGCCAUCCAUCCCACCUGGAGCCCCGCCGCCAUCAAAUCUGCUCUCAUGACGUCUUCCUACAUUGUGGAUAAUAGAAAGCAGGAGAUCAGAGAUUCAGUAACCAUGGAGGCAGCCAACCCAUUUGCUAUGGGCUCAGGCCACGUGGACCCAAGAUCUGCAAUGGAUCCUGGCCUUGUCUACGACAUGGCACCGCAAGAUUAUAUAGACUUUCUAUGCUCUCUUAACUACACCAAGAAACAAAUUGCUCUUCUCACCAAGAGACUGAUCUCGUGUCCCAAGUCCAGUUUCGAAGCUGGAGAUCUCAAUUACCCUUCGUUUUCUGUUGUGUUUAAGCCGGGCAACAAUUCGGCUCAAGUGAGCAGAAGAACAGUGACGAAUGUGGGUGCAGUUGCAAAGGGUAAUGUAGUAUACAGAGCGAGUGUGAAGAGCCCUCCUGGUGUCAGCAUCACUGUGGAGCCCCAGACGUUCGUGUUCAGAAAUCUGUACGAUAAAGCCACCUACAUAGUGAAAUUUGAAAGCAAUAUAAGGACUCCAUCUCCUUCCGAGGGAGACCAAAAUGGCUUUGGAGAGAUAAGUUGGACUUGCAUUGAGGGUGGAAGACAACUUGUUCGUAGUCCGAUCGUAUUGACUUGGCAAGCUUCAAACUAA